AUGGCAGUACUCGGCACGAUCGCUGGUUUCUCAUUGUUCGGUUUAGCAGCGCGUUUCGGGCAGCUCGCAAUAAAGAAGAGAAAUCUCAUGGAGAACCUCGGUGGGCACGCAUUAUCAAUGGGCGUUUUUGGUUAUGCUGGAUAUUGGGCAUAUCAGUGGGACGAACGUGCGGCUGUGAUGCUUGCGCAGAAGCGUGCGGAGAUUACUGAGCGGAGAGAACGGAAGUUGGCGCAUGCUGCAUGA